UUUGAAAUACAGGCAACGCCUCCAAAAUCAAAACAGCUAUCUGGCUAACAGUUCUUAUGUUGCCCACUUUUAGUACUUUAUACACAUUACAGUGGGGUUUCUUUAAUAUUAUAGUUAUAUAUGUUUUGCCUAACGUUUUUUCACCUGUAAUUGUCGGUAACUUUAGCUGAAAUGAAGAAAACGGCUCGCUAGCAACGUUAGCUAACCUAGCUAAUUGGGGUAACUGCAUUCAUUUUGCUAGCUAAGUUAGCUUAGCUAGGUUAACUAGCCAGCUAAGCUAACGCUAAAUACAUAAGUAACCAGCAGCUCGGUGGUUAUUUAGAUUGUUUUAAAUGGAAAUGUUAGCGUUAUUUAAUAUAAUUUGUGAUAAUUAGCGCGUUAGGUGGCUGCACUCAUUAUCUAGCUAAGUUAUAGUGUCAACACCAACAAAUAACGUUACACAUGGAGCGCCGCCGCGACAGACCCCGGCACUCCGGCUCUCAGAGCGGGGCCAGCAGUCACUCUAAAGCCGACAGAGACCGGAGCGAAGGCCGCUACGCUCAUAAGCGGGUUCGGUCCGCUGAGGACCCGCCGGGCUCUCUCCCGCAGAGCCUCAGCACCCGCCGGCAGCUGUACGAGCGCGACUUCCCCGUGUAUAAACAGCCCGUGGAGGUGGGAGUCUUCUCCCUGGACUCUAAACGCAACUUCUUCAACGACUCCAGGAAACUGCGGUACUAUGUAGACCCGGGGAAAAGCCCGAACUUCAGCCUGAGGGACGGGUAUCGAGACCGCUACGUGAAGAGGGACGAUGGUGUGAAGGAGAAGCUGGAUCAUAUUCUGCGGUGGAUCCUGGAGAACAGGGAGAGACUGCAGUCAGUACAUUCAGCCCCAGACUGUGCGCUAGGUGUAGACUUUAUCACAUGGCGAGGGCACUUAACCAAGCUGUUGACCACUCCGUAUGAGACUCAGGAGGGAUGGCUGCUGGCCGUGUCCAGGUUCAGAGGCACUCUUUACAUCAGCGAAGUGGAGACGGAGGCGGCGCGAGUGAGCCGAGAGAACCGCACGGGGAGACACGAGGAGAUGAUGUACUGGGGUUAUAAGUUUGAGCAGUACCUCUGCGCAGAUGAUGUGAGUAGUGUUCCAGAUGGAGGUGGAGUGGUCAACACCAAUGAGGCGUUCUGCACUGUGGUCCAGACCCGUCUGUCCGACCAUAAGCUUCUCUUCUCUGGGGAGGUGGACUGUCGAGACAAAGACCCCAAAGCACCUCCAGCUCCAGCCUGCUACGUUGAACUUAAGACAUCUGCUGAAAUCUGUACCCCCAAACAGCGCAGUAACUUCCACAGAUACAAGCUGCUGAAAUGGUGGGCACAGUCUUUUCUACCUGGAGUUCCACGAAUAGUCGCCGGCUUUCGAGACCAGGAUGGAGUUGUAGUUUCUUUAGAGACAUUCCACAUCUCCAAAAUAUCCCAACUCAUUAAGAAUGAGCACAACUGCUGGAGGCCAACAGUCUGCAUGAACUUCUGCAGUGACUUCCUGUCCUUUGUAAAAUCUGUUGUGAAAGAUGAUGAUCCAAGGUUGGUGUACCUGUUUGCUUGGGAGCCACACAGAGACGUGAGCUACUCUGUACACAGAGACUCUGAAUACAACUUCCUACCAGACUGGUAUGUGAAGGAAAUGACAAACCACCAUGCUCCAAAGAAGCGCCACUGACCAAGCAGUUACAUUAUAGGUUCUCUGUGUGUUUGAUUAAACUGCUUGUGCCUUCAUAUGGAUGAAGAAGUGACAGAUUAUGGAAUGAAAUGAAAUGGAAUGGAAUAGACUUGACCUUGACCAAUGAAAAUGGUAUGGGAUGGAUUUUGGAAUUUUACCUCUCAAUUUUAAAUGUAUUAUUUGAACCACCAGGCUGAUAGAGUGGGCACGGUAAGGCAUGAUAAGAUAUUGUAUGAAUUGAAAUGGUUUACAUUUAUUGUUUUUUUAAAUAGUUUGCUAAGAUUUUAUGUAAGCUGUUAUCAGUCAUAUCACUGUAGCAGCAACAAUAUUAUCAGAAUUAAUUCCACUUUCAAGGACUAAGAACAAACCAAACCAAGGGGGAAAUGCUACAAGUUUACAAACACUAUUUCAGACUUUAGCUAUGGGAGUAUAUGAUCCCCUUAGCUACAAAAACUGUUUCAUCUCUGCCAUGCAUGAAUUUUCAGUGGGAAUCAGUACAAAAUAUUUCAUUCUAAGCUAUUUUAGUCAAUUUCUAUUGGUCCAUCAUUCAAAAUUGAAUUGACAACUAUCAGAUUCAAAUGAUGUUAAAGAGCGAAGAGGGAAAGAAUAAAAAUAAAGACUCAUGACUUUA